AGGAACGGCCCCUCCCUUUCUUUUCCUGUGCAGCCUUGCUUUCAUUUUCACAGUGAGCAAAUUCUGCUGGAAGAAGACCAAGUACGGGAAUCGCACCACAAUGAAGAUUACCACAGUGUUCUGGUACCUUUGGAGUAUUCACUUGGUGUUCUCCGUUCCUCAACAAAGCCAUCUCAACCUCAGGAAUCCUCAACAAAGCCGACGUCAUUACGAUGCUACAAAGCUGGAGAUAGAGCAGGACGAUGCUUCUGUGAACCUGCCACCUCAACCACUAGCUGCUCCGGUUUCUGGGGAUGCUGCCACUUACAAGCUCAAGCCGUUCGGGUUACCAGCAGCUAUGGACCAAAAGGCUGAUGCUGCUCAUGAACAUCUUCAACAGAGGCCAGCGAUCCAUCCAAACUCUCAGAGUCUUCCUGAUUAUGAAUUGCUAGAACCUACGGAACCGCUGGACUCCCUUUUUCCAGAAUUAAGUGAUGAUGACACCUAUGAACAAAAGACCUAUGCUUCUUCAGAUGUGAGUGAUGACUACUAUGAGGAAGAGAGCUUCCUGCAUUUUGAUGAAGAUGAUGAGGACUCACUUUACCCCGGGGUAGUUGAGGAACAUGUCACAGAAGAAGAGGUUGCAGAUGCCAAUGAUGAAAUUGAACUAACAGAUGAUUUUCUGACAGAGUAUCUGACCCCUGAAGACGUUGACAUGGAAACCGAAACAGACAUUGAAACAGAAACAGACACUGAAACAGAAUAGGAAGCCUCAAAUAAUAUUGAUGACAAAAUUUAUAUUCUUGAGGGAAAACGGAGCUUAAAGUUUGUACUCAAAUCAAUCGCAUCCUUUUUUCCGAAUUGGUGAAAUGGAUAACGUGGUUUAAACCUAUAUAUCUUCUAAAUGAAUGUAAAGGUGAGUUUGUUCUCAAAUUGCUAAUGGCACAAAUAAUUAGCAAUCUGAAAUGUAUAAUAUUAGGCUUUUACUGCAUUGUUUCUUAAUCCAUAUCAUGGUCAUCAUCAUUAUGAAUAAAUAAAAAAGAAAGACCAGA